AUGGAAUUCGACACCAAAACUCCACCCGUCUGCACAUCAGACAAGAAAACGUUCGCAUACAUUUCUGCAUUGGAACGAUGGCCCGUUAUUCUAACUGGUGCCAUUGACGAUCUUCACCGUUCGGUUAUUAAGGCAACGGAUGAAGAGAAACAGAAAGAGGGAAAGGGUAUCCUCCAUGAACUGGCUGGAUUGAAGUACGAACUUCAACAUGACCGGAAAUUGACUCCUCUCGUCGACGAUGGAGAGUCAGACAUUGCCAUUUAUAACAAGGAAUUAGCAGACCGUGGGGAAAUCUCGUGGCUCAACGCUCCCUGGCUAUUUGCGGAAUGCUAUCUAUACAGGCGAAUGAGCACCCAUUUUGCCCUUUCAAAGCAUUGGAAAGAAUACGAUGUCUUUGCACAGCAGAAAAUGUCCACGUUUAGGUCUUCUAGACCUGCCGUGCUUGAACUAGCCACUCGAUACAAAGAUUUAUCCCAAGACCUAAAGCAGAUACAUUCAAAGAGGGAUGAUAUGACUCCUGAACAACAGCAAGAGGCUGAUAAAAUGUUAUUUAUGGAGAUGUGUGAAAUUUGUCUGUGGGGUAACGCUACGGAUCUCUCGCUCCUGACAUCCCUUACAUAUGAGGACAUCCAAAAGCUUCAAGGAGCAGAGGCCCGAAAGAAGGCUGAAGCAAAUGUCCUGGUGAAUGAUCUUCCGGCCGCAUUUGAACUCCUAAACAAGGCCCGCACGGAACGAAAGAACGAAGAGCGCCGAGUAGAUAUCGUUCUAGAUAAUGCGGGUUUCGAACUUUUCGUUGACCUCAUUUUAGCCGGCUAUCUUCUUUCCUCUGGAUUGGCAACGUGUGUUGUCCUUCAUCCUAAAUCAAUUCCAUGGUUUGUAUCUGAUGUUCUACCGCGGGAUUUCGGAGACCUAAUUGCUCUCCUUUCUGAUCCGCAGAGCUUCUUCAGCAGCACAGAGGGAGAAGAAACGGGCGAGGAGAAGAAACCACAGCCUCUCACAGAAAAGGAGGUAGAUGAGCUGAAAUAUCUAUUCCAGCAGUGGGGGGAUUUCCAUGCAGAAGGACAGUUGAUCAUCAGACCGAACCGAUUCUGGACAACGGGAUCAAGUUAUUGGCGGCUACCAAAUGAGGCCCCAAGUCUCUAUGAAGACCUAAAGGAGAGUGAACUGGUGAUCUUCAAGGGAGACCUGAACUAUCGAAAGUUGAUAGCAGAUGCUCACUGGGACCCAACUACGCCCUUUAACACGGCAAUCGGACCACUUGGCCCGGGUUCAGGGGUCAGAGUCCUCGCCCUCCGCACUUGUAAGGCUGACGUUGUCGUUGGUCUUGAGAAAGGUGAAGACGAGCGCCUACGUAAUAUGCCGAAUGGAGGAGGUGACUCUGGUUCCCGGAAAUGGGCCUGGAGCGGGAAAUGGGCCGUCGUUUCACUUUGCGAUGGGAAGAAACAGUAA